CCAGAGAGAGAGAGAGAUCGACGGAGGGAGGGAGUGAGCGAGUAAGAGAGGGAGGGGAGGUGUGACCUAACACACUCGGUUCUCUCAGGAACCGGCAGUAGCUGAGCGCAACGAUCAGAGGGCGAAGUGGGCAAAAAUAGAGCAGGACAGCCCUCUCUCCUCCCGUGCACAUGUGUUUUGCCAUUCUGUGUGCAUCGACUGUGUCGUCUGGGAGGAGUAGGCCUUACCUGGGAGAUUACCGUUGAGAGACAAGAGGACGUUUUGAUAUCUUAGUACUGAGUUCGAGCCCGUCAGUGGAACGAUGGCAUCACAUGUGAAACUGAAGAGAGACAAAGUGGGCGCACAGGACUACGACGCCCAAAUCAAAGAGGUGCGAUCUCAGCUGGUGGAGCAGCUGAGGGUGUUUGACCAGCAGCUGGAGCAGAAGACACAGGUGCUACAGGACCUGAGUGACUACCUGCGCAGGCGGGGGGAGAUCGAGGCCGAGUAUGCUCGCUCCCUGGACAAGCUGGCUGAGCGCUUCAGCUCCAGAAUAAAGAGGAAGGAGCAGAGCGGUCAGUCUGUGCUGCAGUGCUGGCUGGUGCUCCUUGGUCAGACCCGGCAGGAGAGCCGCGACCACGGCGUCAUCAGCGAGAUUUGCAGCACCAGCCUGCCCCAGAACCUGUCCCUGUGUCUGGAGCACACACAGCGCUUAGCCAAACGGACUAGAGAGGCCUGCAGCAUGGUGCAAGAGGAGCUCCUCAAGGUCACCACAGAGAUGCAGACCACGCUGAAGACCUACCACCAGUACCACACAGAGUUUCUGUCUGCAGAGGGGAAACUGAAGGAGGCAGAGAAGCUGGAGGAGAAACCGAAGGGGACGGCCAGAAAAGUGGAGAAGCUGAUCGAGAAAAGACAGGGGAAAGUUCAGGAAAUACAGUUCAAGUGCACUAAAGCCCGCAAUGAAUACCUGCUGAAUCUAGCUGCUGCCAACUCGUCAAUGAACAAAUAUUACCUCCAGGACAUCUCUAACCUCAUCGAUACUAGCGAUGUGGGUUACCACUCGUGGGUGUCACGGGUGCUGCGGGGCUUCAUGUCAGGCCAGACCCGCGUGCAGCAGAGCCUGGGGAGCCAGCUGCAGCAGCUGAGCGAUGUCGUGGCCACCCUGGACCAGGUCAAGGACCGGGACACGCUGCUGCAGGCCCACGACAGCACCUUCUGCCUGCCCCUCAGCUUUAAGUACUUGCCCCACGAGGGAGACCCGGUGUGUGAGGUCAGUGCAGAAUGUGACAUGCAGGAUGAGCUGGAAACUCGUUGGAGACAGCUGGAGUCCAGACUUGACAAUUUCACCAAGGACACAGAAGGGAUCAGUGAGACACUACAGGAAGCUCGCUCUAUCAUGCUCACCUUUAUUGGUGAUGAGGACUUGGGUGCUGUCCAGGACCACGCGGCUAGCCAGAGCCAGGAGCCCAGCUUAGCCAAGCGCAGAGCCAGUCUGCAGGAAACCGAGGGGGCCUACUUCACAAAAGUGAAGGAACAACUCCACUUCACCUCCAUGAUAUCCAAACUCCAAGCCAAGCAUGACCUUCUACAGGUGGCCCUACAGAAAGCCAAGGCUAAUGGUGGGAACGAUGCCAGCAUGCGCACUAGAAGGUCUCUGAGACACCAGCGAAGCAAUCGGAGGAGUCAUUCAGGAGCCCAAGUUAACCAGAAGCUCUUCACUGGAAACCUGCUCUCUUUCAUCCAGGCUUCCAAGCAGGACAUCCCUAUUGUGGUGAAGAGCUGCAUUCGUUUCAUCAACCUGAACGGUUUGCAUCAUGAGGGGAUAUUCCGUGUGCCUGGGCUGCAGCUGGAGAUCAACUCGUUGAGAGAUGCCUUUGAGAAUGGUGAUGACCCGCUGGCAGAUGGCGUGUCAGACAUUGACUCUGUGGCCGGCGUGUUGAAGCUGUACUUCAGAACUUUGGAGCAGCCACUGUUCCCUGAGGAGAGCUUUAGCCAGCUGAUGGAGUGUGGCUUAAUUGAGAAUGAGUCUGAGAAAUGUGCGCAGAUCAAGGCUGUCAUAUCUUCCUACCCCAAGCCUGUCAUCGUCGUCAUGAGAUACCUCUUCGCAUUCCUCAAUCACGUGUCGCAGUACAGCGACGAGAACAUGAUGCAGCCCUACAACCUGGCUGUGUGCUUCGGGCCCAGCCUGAUCCGCGGCCCCGAGGCCGGCGACGCCUCGGCCCUGCAGCAGAUCAACGCGCUGGUCAAGAGCAUCGUCGCUCAGCACGAGAGCAUCUUCCCCGGGCCGGCCGAGCUACCGGGCCUGGCCUAUGAGAAGUGCAUGACCCUGGAGCAGGACGACUGUGAACAAAAUGUUGACGAGGCAGAAGGGGAUCUAGACAGCCCUUCAGUGAGAGAAGACCUGGAGGCAGUUGCACUUUUCGACUACACUGCCCGUUCAUCCACUGAGCUGUCCUUCAGGAAGGGAGAGCAGCUCCUCCUCCACAGCAAGCCCUCAGACGAGUGGUGGCGGGGAGAGGCCAGUGGCACCAAGGGGCUCAUACCACACAAGUACAUCAACAUCACAAGCAGUCUCGAGGCUACUAAAAGAACAUCUGAUAAGAGGAACAGCACUGGAGAUCUUGACGAGGUGGACCAAAGCCCACGACUCAAGGCCUGCCGUGAGAGGGCCGGGUCACUCGGGGUCAGCGGCGCCCACGGAAAGGCCUCCCUGUCCCUGCCAAAGGCCCACAUCAUCCGGCCAGCGAAAUCCCCAGAUGUCAUUCGGAAGCAUUUACAAGCACACGGCAGGAAGUCCACUGGAGGAGAGCUGGGGCAGCCAGACAACAUGGUCAUUAAGGUGGACAAAGAGGUGUGUCAGCAGAUGAACAAUGUCUUCCACGAGCUCCUCUCCCGGCACCCCCUCAUCGAUCCCCCCAUCUCCAAUUCCUCUUCAUCCGGAUCUAUGGCUCCCCCCUCCUCUCCCUCCCAGUCUCCGUCUCAGACCCCUCAGAAGAGGACAGGCUUCGGCCGGAAAGGGAGAGAUCAGCAGAACAGAUAGCCACGCUCUAACUGACCAGAGGAAGACCGAAGCAGAGAGGAGCCACUAAACUUAGCUGACAGAAAGAGGAGCACACAUUUCGCAUGAACCAAGAAAAAGGAACUUGGUAACAAAGAUCAGUUUGACUGAACCAACAUGCAGAGUGUGACUGUUUCAUUUGUUCAGUUGUACCGACUGGCCUGAACUGGAAGCGUUUCUUUUGUGCACAGUAGAUCUAUCUAAGGGUAAUCGGAGUGGACCCAUCCCUUGAGUGACACCCAGUGGUUGUCUCUGUGUACUGAGAAUGCAAUGACCGUAGAGAAUUAGUCUAGUCACUGGUUCAGGCAACUUUAUCAACUGGAGGACUGUUUUUUUGGUCUCCUGCAUUUACAGUCACAUACAGAAGACAGUUGUACUGGUUGCAACCUUUCAGAUGCUCCAAAUCGCCCGAUUGUGAUGAGGGUUCUGUCAAGCGCCUGGUGUGGUAUGAAUCUAGAGCCUCGAUGUAAUGGAGGCUAUAUUGAGUACACAGUGCUAUGGUGGCUUUAUCUCUUAUCUGUGGCAUCAGGAUGACAUCAGUCAGACCAUCUCUGUAGUCUUUUUUUUUUACAACAACACUUCAUGAAUGCCCAGUUGAGAUUUAUAACUCCCAGUGCUGGAUCUAAUGCAAUACUGUAUUUUCUGGUAAAAAAAUAAAUUAUGUGGAUUGGAAUUGGUUGUACCAGUCUGUAAACUGAAAGUUGGAUAUAAAUUGGGAGUAUUUAUAUUUGCAUGUAGCCCUCUGGCACUUCUCUGAAACAAACCGUUUCUUCUUCUGACUCACAGAAAAUAGCUUUCAAUUCAGCUUGGUCUGGUUUGUGUAACUGCAAAGUCAUGCAUGGAAGUGUGACUCAAGUGGAUCAUGACCUUACUGACAGGUCAGCUGUCAGAAUAGGUCAAUGCUUAGGACAAUCAAUUCGAUGUUGAAAGUUGUCAUUUUUUCCCUUUGUCUUGGGAAAGAAAGUUCACAACCUCCUUAUUUGCACAAUUAACUUCCUCCUUUCUCCUAAAGCAUAAGUAUGACACAGCAAACAGUGUAUGGAAAACAGACGUAUGCACAAUCCAAUAGGGUAGUGGAGCCUGCAAUUAGAAUUUGAGAGAAAUACUGAUAUCUGUCCGUCCCUCUCCUUCCAAGCCUGGACAGAGUAAUCGAAGUGGAUGUAAGAGUUUCUGAGUGAGGCUACUAGCUGUGAUUGGGCUAGGUUAGCCAAGGCUAAUAUGCUGUCAUUCACAAGCAUAUUGAGCUUCCAUUUUCUAUUAAUAACAAUACUGUUUCUAUUAUUUCACAAAUGCUGACAAUAACUAUGCAGAUAGUAUUUGUUUUCAUUUAUUUUAUGCUUUGUGUAUGUGUAAUUUCAUGAUUUGUUGUUUGCUUAGCCAGUACUUGCAUGUUUUGUUGCGCUUGCUAUUAGGCCAGAACAGCAUCUAAUGAGCCUUGGUAUUGAAAAUGAUUGGGUUAGCUCAUAGUUCACAUCAUGAACAGCUCAGGGUGGUGGAAGGCUAAAUGAAGACAUUAAGCCUAGCAAAAUUAGAGCCAUAAGAUCCUCACCCUAUAAAGGUCAUGUACAUUUG